AUAUGACGUCACAUUCACCCGACACGCGGCCAUAAAUAGUGUGACGUCAUAUAUGUGAGUCGCGUGCCGGUGAGGAUGAAGGUGAAACAAACACAUUCACCUGUCUGCUGACGUCAUUCAGGGGGGUGUCACCAUGUGGCAUCUCAGGGGGUCCAUGAGGUCCGCAGUCCUUCAGCUUCCUGUACGUAGACCCUGUUCUGUUGCAUUCAACCAGAUGUCACCUGGACUCAGACACACUUGCUCUGCACCUGUUGCAAUCUGCUGCUACACCUCACCUGUCAGGACCACAUCAGGUGUCAGGACCACAUCAGGUCUGGGGACUCUGUCCGGUCUGGGGACUCUGUCCGGUCUGGGGACUCUGUCCGGUCUGGGGACCUGGUCUGGUGUCCGGAGGCUCUCAGGUGGUUCCGGAUCAGCGUGCUGGUACGGCGGACUUGCGGAGUCAGCUCCGGUUCACCUGUGCGAAAACUUCCUGGUGAGCGUGCAGCAGGUGAGCGGGUUGCCGUGGUGGCUGAGCAUUGUCAUGGCAACACUAUCGGUCCGGACGCUCAUCACUCUGCCGCUCGCCGUUUACCAGACGAUCAUCAUCGCUAAGGUGGAAGCGCUGCAGGUGGAGAUCUCAGAGCUGGCGAAGAGGCUUCGAUACGAAGUUUCAGUCCGAGCAAGAGAGCGAGGAUGGACGGAGAGACAGAGCCGGUUUCAGUUCAAGAAGAAUCUUCAUCGAAUCAUCUCUCAGCUCUACAUCAGAGACAAUUGUCACCCCUUCAAAGCCAGUCUGCUGGUCUGGGUCCAGCUGCCUUUGUGGAUCAGCCUCUCUCUGGCCCUCCGGAACCUGAGUGUGGAUCAGUCCGCGCUGCAGUCUGAUCUUACAGCAGGGGGCGCUCUGUGGUUCCCUGACCUCACUUUACCUGACUCCACCUGGAUCUUACCUGUCUGCCUUGGACUCACUAAUCUACUCAUCGUAGAGGUGUUUUCGCUUCAGAGAGUUAACCCGUCUGGUUUCCAGCGGUUUGUGACAAACGCCAUCAGAGCGUUCUCUGUGUUGAUGGUGCCCAUUGCUGCUUCAGUACCCUCUUCCAUGGCUCUGUACUGGUUGAUGUCCAGUCUGAUUGGACUCAGUCAGAAUCUGCUUCUUCGUUCUCCGAUGAUCCACAAAGUCCUGAAUCUCCGAACUCAUCGAUCAGAUUCUCCGUACAGAGACCUGCUGGCCGCCUUCAUCAACAAAUACUGCAAAUAAAUACUCAGAGUACUGAAAAUUCUUUCUUUCUUUCUUUAUUCAUAAACUCGACCUUUGACUCUGAAUUCAUUUGUGUCCGUCGCCAAGUGCUUGCUCAUGUUGGAACUGUUGGUCGCUGUAAAUAAUAUUAUAAAGAGUUGGUCUGACCUGCUCUGUAUGGAAAGUGUCAUUAGAUCACUGAUGAAUGAAUGAAUGAAUUGAACAAGAGACAGCAGACUGGUGCUGGUCUCUCCUGGUCUGUACUGGUCGGUAACAGUCAGCUUUCUAAUAAUCAGCAGAGACAUAAUAAACAUGUUCAUCCUUUGAA